AGUGAACGAAAUGUUAUUUCUCGCACAUAAUGCGCACUUUGUGAUUUUUUUGUUUAUCAAAUUUAAGAGAUCACUUUAACUCUCAAAAAGAAAUAGAAUUUCACUAUAAAUUCAUUCUUUUAUUUGAAAUUUGAACAGUCAUUCAUUCUUUGUCUUUUCAAAAUGAGUGGGAUUUCGGGACGUGCUCUUCAUCAUGUAUUUAGAAUUGGAAAUCGUGCUGCGACGAUGGAUUUUUAUCGUAAGAUUUUAGGAAUGAAGGUUCUUCGUCACGAAGAGUUCACUGAAACAUGUGCAGCGCAAUGUAAUGGACCGUAUGACAACAGGUGGAGUAAGACAAUGGUUGGUUACGGAGAUGAAUCAACUCAUUUUGUUAUUGAAUUGACAUACAACUACGGAGUUAAGUCUUACAAGUUAGGAAAUGAUUUUGGAGGUGUUACGAUUAAAUCGAAAACUGUUCUUGAAAAAGCUCAGCUUAAUAAGUAUCCAUAUGAGACAUUAAACGAUGGAAGACUUUUAUUGAAGGCACCGGAUGGCUUCAACUUCUUUAUUUUGAAUGAAGCAGCAGCUGCUGAUGAAGAUCCGAUCAAAUUCAUCAUUUAUAACGUCACCGACUUAUCUGCUUCAAUUAAAUAUUGGAAUGGAAUACUCAACAUGACAAUAAUUCGUCAAGAUGCAACCUCUGCCCUCUUAAGCUACAAUAAUGGACGUUUCGGAAUUGAAUUUAAGAAAAUUGAUGAGAAAUUCGAUCGUGCUGAAGCUUUUGGUAGAAUCGCCUUUGGUGUCCCUUAUGCUUUACAACCAGAUAUCUCAAAUUUGAUUGAGAAAAAUAGUCAAGUAAUUCUUACUCCACUUGUGACUUUAGAUACACCCGGAAAAGCUUCAGUUCGUGUUGUUAUCCUUUCCGAUCCCAAUGGACAUGAAAUCUGUUUCGUCGAUGAUGAAGGCUUUUCGCAAUUAUCAGCUUACGAUCCAUCAAGUGAAGCUGAAUUGGAUAAAUUCAUUAAAAAAGAUCCAUUCCAAAUUUAAAUCUUUUUAUGGUGUCCGUUUUUGUUUUUUUAUUGGUUGUUGGUGCUUCAUGAAUAAAAUAAAAAUACUCUAAACACGUUUUGUU